AUGAUACUGGAUGUCACCUCCCCGAUCGGUGCCAUUUACGAUAAUGAACGGGUAGACGUUCGGUGUCGGCUCGAUAGGUACGAGUUUACGAAGGAAAUAACACUUAGCUACAAUAGCUAUCGCAAGAAGCUUCCUGAUAUGGAGGCAGAGGGUGAGAAUCGAUACUAUUGGGAGGCUAUUCAUACCUUGCCUGGAACACUCAACUCGUCCGAGGAUAACGAGGUAGAGUGCCACGGUGUAUUACGGAAUGGAGCAGCGAUGAGCGAGAAGCUCAAGAUUACUGUAAGGCACCCGAUUGCACCGUCGAUUGCAACGAUCGAUGGAAAAAACUCAGGCAUAGUUCCGAUCAAACGAGGCAAAACUUUACCCCUAUUUUGUAAUGUCUCCGGUGAUCCUACACCAGGGAUUAGUUGGUCAAAAAACCUUAUCGAUUUGCACAACAAUGGUUCCUCUAUAAGUGCAACCCUUUUGCCAAACGAAAGUCUUAGUAAUUACCGGUGUGAGGCACGAAAUCGAUUUGGGAAUACCUCAUACAUAUGGGAAGUAACUGAGGAGCGUUUGGAAGCCGGUACCAAGCCUAUCUGGAAGAUGAUACUUCCAAUCCUGUUUUUGAUACUUGUAUCCGUCAGUAUCUGCUUAAUCCAACCCGCAAUUAGAACAAAAUCACAAACUGUAUCACCCUUAUCAGAAACGAAGCAGGAAGAGACGGGAAAUAGCAUUCCGCCUGAGUUUGAGUUUGCACGGAAUCGGCUUACGCUGGGAAAACAGAUCGGCCAGGGACAGUUUGGCGUGGUGCUGCUGGCAACUGCAAAGCAUAUCAUUGUCAACGAGGCUGUUACGAAGGUAGCGGUAAAAAUGGUUCGAAGCACCACGAAUAAAACCGACGCACAUGAGGCUCUAAUCAGCGAGUUAUUAAUACUCGUCAGUAUUGGACAGCAUUUGAACGUUGUUAACCUGUUGGGUGCCGUCACAAAACACGUCCAAAAAGCCGGAACGAUGUUAAUAUUUGAAUACUGUCCCUACGGAUGCCUGGAGCAAUAUUUACGCGAAAAUGCUUCAAAAUUCAUCGAUUGCCAAGACAAUCUGGAGCAAACUUGGCAGUACUUCCUGAAGCAAGAACACGCUGACCCGAACGACGACGGCAAACGAGCCUGCAAAGAGUUCCGGACCACGGAUUUGAUCUGCUGGGCGGCACAGGUAGCGAACGGCAUGGCGUACCUGGCCGACAGAAACGUUGUACACGGUGAUCUGGCGGCCCGUAAUGUGCUUCUCUGCUACGACAACAUCGUCAAGAUCGGCGACUUUGGACUGGCCCAUAUCGUGGAAGUACCCGGACAAACGUUCAAACGAACGAACAAUCGACCGCUUCCGGUCAAGUGGUUGGCCCUGGAGAGCCUCACCGAGCACGUGUUUAGCACCAAAAGCGACGUCUGGUCGUACGGCGUGGUGUUGUGGGAAUUCUUCUCCCUCGGAGCGAUACCAUACCCAGGCAUAUCUGCCAACGAGUGUUUCCUCUCUAAGAUCCGUGAUGGGUACAGGAUGGAUAAACCAAAGUACGCCAGCGAGGAAAUUUUCGACCACAUGAUAACAUGCUGGUACGUGAACCCCCAGAGGAGACCGUCUUUCAAGGAUCUGGCUUCCUCGUUCAACAGUAUGCUGCCAGCGGAGCUGCAAAACGUAAGGCAGUGUUAA